AGGAAAACAAAACAAAACAAGACUUGAUAGAAGGACGAUGAUUCUCGCUUAUUUCAAUCUUCUCUCGGUAUUUCGUCUAUAAUUGGGUCAACACAUUCUGAGCAUCAAUUACCAUGGAACGAAUAUCGAAAACGCUUUUAAAUACUCUUCUGAAUCAACGAAACUCUUUAUUUUCUCUUGCACGUAGAUUGCCCAGUGUAUCAAAAAUUGGUUCAGGAGCAGAGAAUUUUUCAACUGCAAAUUUGACUGUGAAAAGGACAUUGCAACAUAAAGUCUUACAGUCACAAUAUAAAGCAUCAUGGGUGAUGGUGAAGCGCGAAUUCACUGCUGUUACAAACCUUUUGGAGAGGUCUGGAAUCUCAAAGCCUGACCAGCUGGCAAUAUUGAAGCGUAGUCUGCACACAACCUCCUCACAAGCCAACCAGCCUGGCCCAAACAGGAACGGAAAUGGCAGUAGCUCUUCUGGUGGCAACGGUAACAAGAACAAGAAUGAUGAUGAUGAGAGGAAGGGCAUGCUGGCAAAAGCUGCCCUGUGGAUGUUAACAGCUUACAUGUUCAUUGCCAUCAUUUCUCUCCUGUUCCCCGGGAGCAAUCAGCCGGAGAUUGCUCGGUAUGUGUCAUGGAAUGAAUUCGUUCACCAAAUGCUGGCAAAGGGUGAGGUUGAGGAGGUGAUAGUGCGGCCUGACUUGGACAUUGUGACCAUCAUUCUUUACGAAGGUGCUGUUAUCAAGGGUAAAAAGAUUGAUCAGCGCACAUUCCACAUGAACAUCGUAGAUCUUCAGCACUUCGAGGAGCGGUUGCGUGAGUCCGAGGCCAAGCUGGGCAUCCGAUCCGACCAAGGCGUGCCCAUUGUUUAUGAGCGGAGCGGCGAUACGGCUGGAAGGCUCUUGGCAUCCAUUAUCGUUGUGGCAAUCAUCGUGUCGCUCUUGUCGAGGAACAUGAACAUCAAAGGACCCCUGAGCAUGGAAGGCAUGAGCCAGAUGACCCGAGCAAAGUUCACAAUCAUUGACCCCUUGCUCCCCGGGUCAGGUCGUGGAGUCAAGUUUGCCGAUGUCGCCGGAGCAAGAGAGGCCAAGCAAGAAGUCAUGGAGUUUGUAGACUUCUUGAAGAAUCCUGAUAAAUAUAGGGAACUCGGUGCUAAGGUUCCAAGAGGUGCUCUGCUGCUUGGCCCACCAGGCUGCGGCAAAACUCUCUUGGCCAAGGCAGUUGCUACGGAAGGACAGGUCCCGUUCUUGGCGAUGAAUGGCUCAGAGUUUAUUGAAAUGAUUGGUGGUUUAGGAGCAGCCAGGGUUAGGGAUCUGUUCAAGGAGGCAAAGAAGCGAGCGCCAUGUAUCGUGUACAUUGACGAAAUUGACGCCAUUGGCCGAAAGAGAUCCAGUGGGCAAGGAGGGAUGGAUGGUGGAUCAGGAGAGUCUGAGCAAACCCUAAACCAACUGCUAGUGGAGAUGGAUGGUAUUGGCUCAAAGGAGGGAGUCGUCAUCCUUUCGUCUACCAAUCGAUUGGAUAUCCUUGAUAAGGCUCUCCUAAGACCUGGGAGAUUCGACCGUCAUAUCAUGAUGGACCUGCCGAACCUCGAGGAACGGAGGGAAAUUUUUGAGCAUCACCUGAAGAGCAUUGUGCUGGAGAAGCCAAGCACGUAUUAUGCACGGAGGAUGGCGUCUCUCACUUUAGGGUUCAGUGGUGCUGACAUAGCUAAUGUAGUUAAUGAAGCUGCCCUUCAUGCUGCAAGACAUGCCAAGAAGGUUGUGACAGCGAAUGAUUUAGAAUAUGCGGUUGAACGGGUAGUUGGAGGAACAGAAAAGAGAUCACAGGCCUUGUCACCGGAAGAACGUCGGGUCGUUGCAUACCAUGAGUCAGGUCAUGCAUUGUUAGGAUGGAUCUUAGAACACACAGAUGCUCUCCUUAAGGUGACGAUUGUGCCCCGAACCAACCAAGCCCUUGGCUUUGCUCAGUACGCACCGAAAGACCAGAAGUUGUAUACCCAAGAACAGCUUUUUGAGAGGAUGUGUAUGGCUCUCGGAGGUCGCGUUGCCGAGUCGUUGGUGUUCAACCGUGUGACCACUGGAGCUCAGAAUGAUCUGGAUAAGGUCACGAAAAUGGCAUAUGCACAGGUAAGGUCAUUUGGCUUCAGCGAUAACGUCGGACAAUUGUCUUUUCCCGAAGAGGAGACAAGAGAGGUUGGCCGGAGACCCUAUUCACAGAAGCUGGCAGCCACAAUAGACGAGGAAGCAUCGAGGCUAAUUUUUGCUGCGUACAAGAAAACAGAGGAAGUACUCAAAGCCAACAUGGAUAAAUUGACAUUACUAGCCGAAUCCCUCCUGCAGAAGGAAACUCUCAACUACGACGACGUUGAGGCAAUCCUCGGCCCUACUCCCCAUGGCCAGAAGCUUGUCAUUGAACCCUUGCAGUUCGAGGGCGAGAUAAACAAGUGGAAAGAUGCUGGAAAAGAUAGUUAAUGACUAGGCGUGCAAACCAAGGCUGUUAUAUUCACCUCCUCUUGUAUCUCAGUCAAGGUUUUUAUAUUUUGUGGAUUAAAGGCCAAUUUUUUUUUUUUUUUUUUUUUUUCCCCAGAUAUUAGACAUUUUAUGAAGGAGAGUUUAGGAAUUUGUGAGUUGGUUAUGAACGUUUUGGUUGUGGAUGAUAGUUACCAACUCCGGUGUCUGUGAAUUAGUUGCUAUAAUUCACUUUGUCGCAUGUGUAAUAUUUUGUUUUGCAUUUUGUUACAUUAGAAUGUACAUAGUGUUCAAACUGUAAAUAAAGAUGGUUAGUCUAUUUAAUUAAUGACUGGAAGCAUGUACAAGAUAUAAAGCCAUAUAAUUGCCAUUUAUAUAAAUAAAUGUUUAGAAAAUUA